AUGACAAAAACAACAAAAACUGGAAAAGCUUUUAUUUGUUUUCCUUCAAGAAGAUCAGUAGUUUAUACCGCUGCCUUAAACGUUACUGAACCAGCAUCGACGGGAAUCGGAGGAGAUUGUUUCUGUCUCUUUUAUGAUGCCAAGAAUAAGAAAGUUAACGCAUUAAAUGGAUCUGGAAGAUCUCCCGCAAAAUUGACAUUAGAAUAUGUUCAUAAUACUUUGGGAAUUAAUCAAAAUAAUAUACCAUUCAAUAAUAUUAAUGCUGCUACAGUUCCAGGAGCAGCCGCGGCUUGGGUUGAUACAAUUAAUAAUUUUGGUAGUGGUAAAUUAAAUUUAUCCGAAAUUUUACAACCAGCCAUUGAUUUAGCAGAAAAUGGUUUUCCGGUUUCUGAAAUAAGUGCAUGGAUGUGGAAAAAAGGAGAAGAUCUUCUCAUGGCUUCACCAAAUGGAGGUGACAUGUUAAUUAAUGGUCAUGCACCAAAAACUGGUGAAAUCAUGCUUCAAUCUAAAGGUGGAGUUAUGUCUUUGGAUGAUUUGGCUGCACAUACUACAUCACGUGUGGAUCCCAUAAGUAUUGAUUAUAAAGGUUUCACUAUUUGGGAAUGUCCUCCGAAUGGACAAGGAAUAACGGCACUUAUGACAUUAGGGAUUCUUGAAUCCCUUCAAGAAAGUGGAAAGAUUAAAGAUCUUAGUAAAAUGCAACAUAAUUCUGUAGAAUAUUUACAUGCGAUAAUUGAAAGUUUACGGUUGGCAUUUGAAGAUACUAAAUAUUAUGUUUGUGAUCCAAAAGAUUAUCAUAUUCCUGUGAAAGAACUUUUAUCCAAAAAAUAUCUUGCCAAGCGAGCUCAAUUAUUUGAUUCUGCCAAGGCAACAGUUGAUAUUGAAAAGGGAUCACCUGAUAAUUCGAGUGAUACUGUUUAUUUUUCGGUUGUUGAUGAUGAAGGAAAUGCAUGCAGUUAUAUUAAUUCCAUUUUUCAUGGAUUUGGAACUGCAGCAGUUCCUGAAGAUUGUGGAUUUAUUCUUCAUUGUCGUGGUGCAAGUUUUGUUUUGAAGAAGGGACAUCCAAAUUGUUUAAAACCUAACAAAAGACCUUAUCAUACUAUUAUUCCUUCUAUUGUUACUAAAAAUGAUGAAUUAUGGUUAAGUUUUGGUGGGCAUAAUAUAGUAACAAUUAAAGAAUGGGAUAGAGAAAAAUUUGGAAGAGGUCAAGUUAUUCAAAGAAUAAUUGAUGAAAAUACUGGAAUUAGAGUUUGGUGUGGUGGUAGUGAUCCUAGAGGUGAUGGUCAAGUAAUUGGUUGGUAA